AUCUCUGUGUUGAUGUUCAGUGUUGGGUCGGUCCAUGCCCUUCAUUCAAAACUUCUGUGUUUUUAAACUUUUUUUUUUUGGCAAUUGCGUCCAUCACAUAGUGCACUCUUGAAGAUGUUGCAAAAGUUAUUACUGUUGUUACUAGGGGUUGUCCUCUGUAGCAGCCAACAAGUUGAGGAAGAAAUCGUUCAAGGCUCAUGCAAGUCAGUCUAUAUCUAUACCAACUACAGAAACUACUGUUCAUUUACCAACACUGCACCAACUAUACCACUGGCCGUACGAGCACUGCAACAGUAUUCCACACAGAAUUGUGUACAGGGUGUGACUUACGGUAUCCAGGACAGCACCCGCAUGUGGGUGUCAGGGCUCUGUUAUGCGUUGUUCUCCAUUUCCAGAGUCUACCCAAUCACCACCACCACCACCCCUAUUACCACCAUCGCGACAGCGGCGCCUACGACCCUCGUCUACACGACCAAAGCUGUGGUCACCAACUCCACCACGAACUCGACUACAGCGACAACAAAUGCUACUAGCACAACCAAGGCGCCUACCACAAACACAACUACCACAGCGAACUCGACUACAGCGACAGCAAAUUCUACUAGCACAACCAAGGCGCCUACCACAAACACAACUACCACAGCGAACUCAACUACAGCGACAACAAAUUCUACUACCACAACCAAAGCACCGACUACAAACACCACUACUACCAGCACUACGUCAAUACAAGACAUCUGUGGAGUGGCUAAUAGCGCCUUCCGUAUUAUUGGCGGCACCAACGCAACGAGCUGCGAGUUCCCGUGGAUGGUCGUCCUCUAUAACCAAGUAGCAGGAGGCUUGUGCGGGGGAUUUAUCAUUGAUAGCACCCACAUACUGACAGCCGCCCACUGUGUAGCUGAGACCAAUACCACAACAAAGAUCACCACUGUGGAACCUGCUGUCAACUUUGUAGUAUUUACAGGUUCCUCGUCUAUCGCUACCGCCACAAGACGAGUUGUUAAAUCAAUCACAGCUCACGAACAAUACAACGGGAUCACAUUAGAUAAAGACAUUGCUAUUGUGACACUGUCAUUGCCAUUGAAUUUCACUACGUGUCAACGCCCACUUUGUCUUGUGAAUGCUACGAGCUCGCCACAGAACGCCACACGCUGCAAAGUUAUGGGCUGGGGAGUCACAUCCACUGCUGCAGACGCUUCUAUUUCAACCAACCUUCAAUGGGUUGAUGUGCCCAUUGUAAACGACACUUCCUGCAGAUCCCUGUAUGGAAGCUACUUUUCAGCGACUAAUUUCUGCGCAGGAACUCUGGGUAAAGACUCGUGUCAGGGUGACUCGGGUGGACCACUGGCCUGUAGAGAGAAUGACGGGAAGUACUAUGUCCAGGGCAUAGUCUCAGGAGGCUUCGCAUGCGGUCAAACUGCUGGCCUCUACACCAAAGUGUCCAGUUUCAUCCCAUGGAUCCAGAGCAAGAUCACUCUUCUAUAAAAAAAAGAACGCAUUAACAGACGUACAUAGCAUUGGUUAUGUCCCCCUGUAACUAAAACAAAACAUCAGCAUUUUUGUGUACAUGUAAAUACUGACUGCUUGUAUAUCUUUCAAAUUUAAUAUGGUUACCAAUAUCCAUUUUCUUUCAAACCAUAUGAGUUAUUGCAGACAUUCUUAAAAUAAAGAAAAUGUAGAGUA